GUUCGCCCUCCUCCCGCACUUGCAUUUACGAGAGAAUUGAAAAAGGAACAAGACGUGUGACAGACAUCGUGUGUGAUCAUUGUAUAAUUUUUAAAAAGUUGCUGAUUAUUAUUUAGAAAUUUUAGUUAUUGGAUAAAUUCUAGUGAAAAGAUUACAAUUACAAGAUGCAGAUUUUUGUGAAGACCUUGACGGGCAAGACCAUCACCUUGGAGGUGGAGCCUUCGGACACAAUUGAAAAUGUUAAGGCCAAGAUUCAAGACAAAGAGGGCAUCCCCCCAGACCAGCAGAGAUUGAUCUUUGCCGGCAAACAGCUGGAAGAUGGACGCACAUUGUCUGACUACAACAUCCAGAAGGAAUCCACACUUCACUUGGUACUCCGUCUGCGUGGUGGUAUGCAGAUCUUUGUCAAGACCUUGACUGGCAAAACCAUCACAUUAGAAGUGGAACCCUCUGACACAAUUGAAAAUGUCAAAGCAAAAAUCCAAGACAAGGAAGGCAUCCCCCCAGACCAGCAGAGAUUGAUCUUUGCCGGCAAACAGCUGGAAGACGGGCGAACAUUGUCUGACUACAACAUCCAGAAGGAAUCCACACUUCACUUGGUACUCCGUCUGCGUGGUGGUAUGCAGAUCUUUGUCAAGACCUUGACUGGCAAAACCAUCACAUUAGAAGUGGAACCCUCUGACACAAUUGAAAAUGUCAAAGCAAAAAUCCAAGACAAGGAAGGCAUCCCCCCAGACCAGCAGAGAUUGAUCUUUGCCGGCAAGCAGCUGGAAGACGGACGAACAUUGUCUGACUACAACAUCCAGAAGGAAUCCACACUUCACUUGGUACUCCGUCUGCGUGGUGGUAUGCAGAUUUUUGUGAAGACCUUGACAGGCAAAACCAUCACAUUAGAGGUUGAACCCUCGGACACAAUUGAAAAUGUAAAAGCCAAAAUUCAAGACAAGGAAGGCAUUCCCCCAGAUCAGCAACGUCUUAUCUUUGCGGGUAAGCAGCUCGAAGAUGGUCGCACACUUUCGGACUACAAUAUCCAAAAGGAAUCGACACUACACUUGGUGCUUCGUUUGAGAGGAGGCAUGCAAAUUUUUGUUAAGACCUUGACUGGCAAGACCAUCACAUUGGAGGUUGAACCUUCAGAUACCAUUGAGAAUGUUAAAGCCAAGAUCCAAGAUAAGGAAGGUAUCCCCCCAGACCAGCAACGUCUCAUCUUUGCCGGUAAACAGUUGGAGGAUGGACGUACACUCUCUGAUUACAACAUUCAGAAGGAAUCCACACUCCACUUGGUAUUGCGUCUGCGAGGUGGAAUGCAGAUCUUUGUGAAGACCUUAACAGGAAAGACCAUCACCCUCGAGGUGGAACCCUCUGACACCAUCGAGAAUGUUAAAGCCAAGAUCCAAGACAAGGAAGGUAUCCCCCCAGACCAGCAACGUCUCAUCUUCGCCGGCAAACAGCUAGAAGAUGGUCGUACACUCUCCGAUUACAACAUUCAGAAGGAAUCCACACUCCACUUGGUACUACGUUUGCGAGGUGGUAUGCAGAUCUUUGUCAAGACCUUGACUGGCAAAACCAUUACCUUAGAAGUCGAACCUUCUGACACCAUCGAGAAUGUUAAGGCCAAGAUCCAAGACAAGGAAGGUAUCCCCCCAGACCAGCAGAGAUUGAUCUUCGCCGGCAAACAGCUAGAGGAUGGACGUACACUCUCUGACUACAACAUCCAAAAAGAGUCCACCCUCCACUUGGUACUGCGUCUCCGUGGUGGUAUGCAGAUCUUUGUUAAGACCUUAACGGGAAAGACCAUCACUCUCGAAGUGGAACCCUCCGACACCAUCGAGAAUGUUAAAGCCAAGAUCCAAGACAAGGAAGGUAUCCCCCCAGACCAGCAACGUCUCAUCUUCGCCGGCAAACAGCUAGAAGAUGGUCGUACACUCUCCGAUUAUAAUAUCCAAAAAGAGUCCACCCUCCACUUGGUGUUACGUCUGCGAGGUGGUAUGCAGAUCUUUGUGAAGACCUUGACUGGCAAGACCAUCACCCUUGAGGUGGAACCCUCAGACACCAUUGAGAAUGUUAAAGCCAAAAUUCAAGACAAGGAAGGUAUCCCUCCAGACCAGCAACGUCUCAUCUUCGCCGGCAAACAGCUAGAAGAUGGUCGUACACUCUCCGAUUACAACAUUCAGAAGGAAUCCACACUCCACUUGGUACUACGUCUGCGAGGUGGUAUGCAGAUCUUUGUCAAGACCUUGACUGGCAAAACCAUUACCUUAGAAGUCGAACCUUCUGACACCAUCGAGAAUGUUAAGGCCAAGAUCCAAGAUAAGGAAGGCAUCCCCCCAGACCAGCAGAGAUUGAUCUUCGCCGGCAAACAGCUAGAGGAUGGACGUACACUCUCUGACUACAACAUCCAAAAAGAGUCCACCCUCCACUUGGUACUGCGUCUCCGUGGUGGUAUGCAGAUCUUCGUUAAGACCUUAACGGGAAAGACCAUCACUCUCGAAGUGGAACCCUCCGACACCAUCGAGAAUGUUAAAGCCAAGAUCCAAGACAAGGAAGGUAUCCCCCCAGACCAGCAACGUCUCAUCUUCGCCGGCAAACAGUUGGAGGAUGGCCGUACACUCUCGGACUACAACAUCCAAAAGGAGUCCACACUUCACUUGGUACUUCGCCUCCGUGGUGGUAUGCAGAUCUUCGUCAAGACCUUGACAGGCAAGACCAUCACCUUGGAGGUGGAGCCUUCGGACACCAUCGAGAAUGUUAAAGCCAAAAUCCAAGACAAGGAAGGUAUCCCCCCAGACCAGCAACGUCUUAUCUUCGCCGGCAAACAGUUGGAGGAUGGCCGUACACUCUCGGACUACAACAUCCAGAAGGAGUCUACUCUGCACUUGGUGCUCCGUCUUCGCGGCGGCGUGUUGUAAUGACUUCCAUCAGUCCACUCUCCACUUCACGGGGAGGCGACUGUUCAGCUUAUUUGCAUUCCUUUCAUGUAGAGUAGAAAACAAAUAAACUGCUUUGGAUCUC